GGGACUGGGGGCGGGGCUUAAGCCGUUGUACCGGCGCUGUGCUGUCCCUCUGCGGCCGCGGUUCAAAGAGGAAUGGCGACCGCUGUGUGCGGUCUGCAGUCAACCAGCAACAAAACAUCCAAAAUACUUGAACAGCGGCGGAGGACCAAGGACUCCCGGCGGAGACAAGCGGCGCUCUCGUUUUUAACAAACAUCUCUCUCGAUGGACGCCCGCAUCUGGAGCGAAGCGAUGGAAACGCUGGUCAAACAGCCGCCGAAGAGCCCCGACAGCGGGACAGAGACAGCGGCGAGUCCAUGUCUUCACCCGCCUCCGGGAGCCGAGACAGCGGCGCACAGGUGACUGAGGCCUGCGCCAGUGGGUCUGCCUCCAGCUCCUCCGGCGGGAUCAGCUCUCUCAGACCUUCUUUGGUCAUAUCUCCAGGACCAGCAGGGACCAACGCGGUCGGGGCCAACGAGGUAUUUUUGGAGGGCGGUCCUGCGGCCGAGCCUCUGCUUCCUGAUGUCCCCGUGUCUCCCGUAUCCGUGGGACAGGCUCCAUGCGCACGGGUCAAGUCCUCCACAGCGGGACCGGCUCUGAGCCCGGCUCCCGGCGGUGUCCCGGAGGCACAGAGGAGGUCAAGAAAUGUUUCUGGUUCACCUGGACCCAAAGUGCCAAAGAAGGUUCAUUUUAUCCGGAGCAUAAGACAGUAUGACACCAGAGGAUGUAGGAUCAUGCUGAUUUGUGCCAAGAGGUCGCUCUAUGCUGCUUUCUCAGUGCUGCCGUAUGGAGAGAGUGCUCACCUCAGUGAGGCUAAGCUGGACGCUCACAGACAGAGACUCUCCUCUGUGGCCACUGCUGACCUCAUGCCCUCACUGGAAGGAAUGGAGCCCGAUGUGUCUGGAAAGACGGUCUCAUACGCCCAGUUCCUGUACCCGACCAACGCUUUAGUCAGACAGAAGAGCCUCCCGGAGACGGCAAUAGCCCAAACGCCUCAGAACCGUUCCCGCGGCAACAGUCAACAGAAAAGCUUCACCCCUAGAGUCCCAAGCUCUGGACCACAGGACACAAAUUUAGAGGAGACGGAGUAUGACCCUAACUUGCUGAGUGACCCCCAGUGGCCCUGUGGGAGACACAAGAGAGUGCUCAUCUUUGCAUCAUAUGUGACAACGGUUAUCGAGUAUGUGAAACCUUCAGACCUAAAAAAGGACAUGAACGAGACCUUCAGGGAGAAGUUUCCCCACAUCAAGCUCACACUCAGCAAAAUAAGAAGCCUGAAGAGGGAAAUGCGUGCUGUGAGCGAGGAGUGCGGUCUGCAGCCGGUUACCAUAGCGAUGGCCUUUGUUUACUUUGAGAAGUUGGUGCUUCAAGGUCGUCUGAACAAACAGAACAGGAAGCUGGUGGCAGCGGCAUGUGUGCUGCUCGCAGCAAAGAUCAGCAGCGAUUUGAGGAAACCAGAAGUCAAACAACUCAUUGAUAAAUUGGAGGAGCGUUUCCGAAUAAACAGGCGGGAGCUGGUUCCUCUAGAGUUCCCGGUGCUCGUUGCCUUGGAGAUGGGACUGUACCUCCCCGAGAGUAAAGUCAUGCCACACUACCGCAGACUGGUGCAGCAGGGGUAGACCACUUCAGUCCAGGGAACCAGAGGGAAGAGAGACGAGUGGUCUGGAUAUCCACAAACAACUCCAAAUCUAUCAUACUGUAUUGCUUGUUGAAAGGUUUACAAUGAAGUUUUAAAAUACUGAGGCUGACACACAAUGGUACCUGGUUAACUCCUGUUUUUUUAGACCGGUUUUAGACUGGGUUUAGUGCUGGUUUGAUCCUAGCAUGAAUCCGGUUUUGUGCUAGUUUAGAUCUAGGCUACUCAAAGGCUUAUUAUGCAACUUUUAUUGUGAGGUUUAUCUCCAUGGUGAAGAAAUGGCAUUGUCUGGAAUGUU